UAGCUUUGGAGGCUUUGUGGGGGAUAUGGGGGUGGCUGGUGGAACGAAGUAGGGGGAUGGAAACAGAAAGAGGGAGAGAAAAAAAAAUGGAAGGGGAUGGAGCGAGGUGGAUUUAAGUUUUAAUUCUAUUCUGCGUAACAAGUCUAUAUUUGUCAUUCAUUCCGAGGCCCCACGAGUGGGCUACUGCUCUUUGCCCAGGCCCCCACUCAGUGUUUACAUGAGUAGAGAGCGAGCGAAAGUGUGUGAGAGAGAGAGAGAAUAGAAAAGAGAAAAGGGGAAGAGAGAAAGAGAAAGGGAAAAGCUGAGAGAGAUUUAGGGUUUAGGAUCUAAACCUAGGCAUCCCUCUCUCAACAACUUGCCUUCCCCCACUUCCUCUCCCUUUCUUUCUUUCUCUUUCUUUUCUAUCUCAUAUUCGCAUACAACACAUACACACGCAGACACAAGAUAGUCAAUCGCCAGGAGCCCCACGCAGUUUCCAGCGAAUAAAUAAAAAGAGAAGAGAGAAGGAAGGAUCGAGAUGGAUAAAAGAAAAAUCGAAGAAGACCAAGGGUGUAAAUAGAAUUUGCUGGUUGUUAGAUUUAUUUUGAGGAAAAGAGGAGACAUGGAACGAAGUGAUCACAGACAUGGAAAAGGAGCUGAUGGAGGUGGGAGAGCAGCAGGAGGAGGAGGAGGAGGUCCAUCCAAUAGCAAUAGUAGCAGCGGAGGUACCAACAGCAGUAGAAGCACUUCCGAGCAGCAGCAGCAGCAGUUCCACCACCAAGCCAGCAGCAGCGGCCCCUCAUCCCUCGACCUCGUCCCCUUCGAAGGCGGCGCCCCCACCGGUUCGUUCAUGGGCCCCAUCGUCCACCACCACGCCGGAUCCGCCCGCGUCGACGCCUCCCUCGCCAUCUCCUCCUCCCCCACCUCCAAGCCCGACCCCACCACUCCCCGUCCCUCCUCCUCCUCCGGCCCCGCCGACCCCUCCAAGAAGCUCCCCGUCGCCACGAAGCGGUCGUCGAAAGAUCGGCAUACCAAGGUCGAAGGCCGCGGCCGCCGGAUCCGGAUGCCGGCCGUGUGCGCUGCUAGAGUCUUCCAACUGACGCGAGAGCUCGGGCACAAGUCGGACGGCGAGACGAUCGAGUGGCUUUUACAGCAGGCGGAGCCGGCGAUCAUCGCCGCGACGGGCACGGGCACCAUCCCGGCGAACUUCUCCACGCUUAACAUAUCCCUCAGGAGCAGUGGCUCCUCUCUCUCCGCGCCGCCGUCCAAGUCCGCGCCUCACUCCUUCCACACGCUCGCCCUCGCCCACCACCAUCGCCAGGACUACGAGGAGGGCCACGAUGCCGCCGCAGGGAUCUCCCACUCCGCAAUGCUAGGUUUCCACCAGCUCCACCAUCACCACCCCGCUCACCAGCAUCAUCUCCUAUCCACCGAUCAGAUGGGCACAGGACUGCAAUCCGCCGGGGGUAGUGCCGGGGGCGGCGGCGGAGGAGGAGGAGGAGAUUCCUCCGCUGAUACCUAUUUGAGGAAACGCUUCAGAGAAGAUCUAUUCAAAGAAGAGCAGCAGCAACAGCAAGAGGGAGGAGGCGGUGGUGGGGCUGGCCCGUCGUCCCCAUCCUCCGCCUCCAAAGACGCGCGGACGGGCGGCCUCCAAUCGCAUCAGGAACCCACCGCGUCCGCUGCAGGAAUGGCGAGGCCGUCCGGCGUCCUUCCUGCGACGGCAAUGUGGGCGGUCGCUCCGAACAGCGGAGCCGGCGGAGCAUUCUGGAUGCUCCCCGUCUCCGGCGGCCCGACCGCCGGGCCGUCGGAACCCUCUUUAUGGACGUUCCCAGCAUCAGGCCACGGUCAGUACCGUACCGGGAUUCCCACCGCCGCCGCCGGGGGCACCAUCCAGGCUCCGCUCCAAUUCAUGUCGAGGAUCAACAUCCCCGGGGGGCUCGAAUCCCAAGGCGGCCGCGCCGUCGGAGCGCUCCCGCUGGGGUCGAUGCUGCUGCAGCAGCAGCCGGGGGGCGGUGCGGCGCCGCAGCAUCUCGGGCUGGGGAUCUCCGAGACCAAUCUCGGGAUGUUGGCGGCGCUCAACGCCUACAAUAGAGCUGGACUCACCAUGAGUUCCGAGCAUCACCAGUCGUUGGAUCACCAUCAAGCUCAGCAGCGAGCCGCGGAUAGUGGAGACGACCACCACCCAACGAAUUCUCAGUAGCGAAGAAGGGAGUGGAAGGUAAAAUUAAUGGUUGAUCACUUUAAUUUCCCCUCCCUCCCACCCCUCCUUCGAUAUCAGAAUUUUCUCCAGUGUUAACACGGAAUGGUACGUUACUGGAGAUUGUUCCAUAUUA